AUGCUGAUCAUAUUUGGGCCCGAGCGCGGGCGCCGCGGCGCCGAGCUCAUGGUCAUGAGCACCGUGGAGAAUAAGUCGCCCGGCAAGUUCACCAGGGGCGUCCGGGACAAGGAGAGCAACGAGAGGGGGUUCGACACCGAGAGGAUCGUCUUCAAGGACGACGAGCUCAGCUACGCCCUGGGCAAGGAGGGGACCACGCGCAAGAAGCUGGAGGUGGCGGCUGGCGCCAUCCUCCAGUAUGUGGGGCAUGUCUGCUUCAUCUCGAGGAAGAAAAACACAUACCCAGAGCGCAAGCGCUGCCGGGAGUUCCUGAAGUGGCUGUUGGAUCAGCGGCGCGGCUCCGUCACGAUACCCGACGUCUCCCGCCGCGACGACACCACCGAGAUGUUCAUCCCGGAGAACUGCAAGGGCUGGGUCACGGGGAACCGUGGCAGCGAGCUGCGGCGUAUGGAGCAGGAGACCAGCGUGUUCAUGUUCAUGGCCCUCGACGCCAAGGGCGAGGAGCGCCUUCUCAUCUUCGGCCACGACCCGGGCAGCAAGACCAGCGACAAGGGGCGCAUGGCGGCCGAGCGCCUCGUCAACGAGCUGAUCCAGGAGAAGCUGAGGGGCGACGACGACGGGGGCCGCGGGCGCUCCGACUCCAGGACCCAGAGGGCGCUCCCGCAGCCGCAGCCGCUCGCGGCGCCGCUCGCCCUCGCGGCGUCGCUCGCCGUCGCGCCGGCGGGGCCGCUCGGACUCGCGGCGGCGGUAGGGCGCAGGGGCGCCUCGGCCGCGUGCCGGGACCCCUCCUGGGGGGAGGGCCGCUCGAGUGG